AUGGACCGCGACCUGCUGCGGCAGUCCCUGAGUUGCCAUGGGCCCACGCUCCUGUCCCUGCUCCGCAGCGAGCAGCAGGACAACCCGCACUUCCGGGGUCUCCUAGGCCCGGCUGCCGACUCGGCCCGCGGGGCGCCCCAGCUGCUGGCUAGGAAGGAGAGGAGAGGUGACAACAUUGAAAUUCAAAAAUUCAUUUCCAGAAAAGCUGAUCUUCUUUUUGCUCUUUCCUGGAAACAAAAUGCACCCACAGUUUCUGAAAUCAAUGAAGAAAAUGAAGACUAUUAUGCUAUUAUGCCUCCUUUGGAGCAGUUCAUGGAUGUCCCUAGUGUUGACAGAAGAGAGCUCUUUUUCCGAGAUGUUGAACGUGGUGAUGUUGUAAUUGGUCGAAUAAGUUCCAUACGUGAAUUUGGAUUUUUUAUGGUGUUAAUCUGCUUAGGCAGCGGCAUCAUUCGAGAUAUAUCCCACUUAGAAAUUACAGCUCUUUGUCCAUUAAGAGAUGUGCCUUCUCACAGUAACCAUGGUGAUCCUUUGUCUUAUUAUCAAACUGGUGACCUCAUACGAGCUGGAAUUAAAGAUAUUGAUCGUUACCACGAGAAGCUUGUAGUGUCUUUGUACAGCUCUUCUCUUCCACCUCACCUAUCUGAAAUGAAAUUAGGUGUAAUUAGCUCUGAAGAUCUUCCUUUACACUACAGGAGGAGUGUCGAAUUAAAUAGUAAUUCUUUGGAGUCUUAUGAAAAUGUUCUGCAGCAUUCCAUGGGAUUUAUGAAUCCAGGAGGAGUUGAAUUUCUUCUAGGAAAACUAGGAAUAAGUGAAUCCAAUCCACCAUCCCUAAUGAGAGGCCUUCAGAGGACAAAUUUCUCCGAAGAAGAUUUUGCUUUCACAUUAAGGAAGAAACAAUCUGCUUCCUGGGCUUUAAAAUGUGUGAAGAUUGGAGUUGAUUAUUUUAAAGUUGGCCGCCAUGUGGAUGCUAUGAAUGAAUAUAACAAGGCUCUGGAAAUAGAUAAACAGAAUGUGGAAGCUUUGGUAGCUCGUGGAGCAUUAUAUGCCACAAAGGGAAGUUUAAACAAAGCCAUCGAAGAUUUUGAAGUAGCAUUGGAAACCUGUCCAACCCACAGAAAUGCAAGGAAGUACCUCUGCCAGACCCUCGUAGAAAGAGGUGGCCAGCUAGAAGAAGAAGAAAAACUAUUAAAUGCUGAAAGUUACUACAAGAAAGCUUUGGCUUUGGAUGAAACUUUUAAAGAAGCAGAGGAUGCAUUAUCGAAACUUCACAAGCAUAUGCAGAAAUCUUUGGAAUUAAGAGAAAAACAAGCUGAAAAAGAAGAAAAGCAGAAAUCAAAGAAAAUAGAAACAAGUGCAGAAAAAUUGCGUAAGCUCUUAAAAGAGGAAAAAAGGUUAAAGAAGAAAAGAAAAAGAUCUACUUCCUCCUCUUCAAGUGCUUCUUCAGCUGACCAGGUGGUUUCUUCUUCAUCAUCCUCUUCCUCUUCUGGUCACAAAAAGCACAAGAAAAGGAAGAGGAACCGUUCAGAGUCCUCUCGAAAUUCCAAGAGGCAUUCCUCCAAGGCUUCUUCACAUCCUCCAGAUCAGAAUAGGAAAGAGGAGAGUUACCCACUUCCAGCUAAUACCUCAGCAUCCUUUCUUAACCAAAAACAGGAGAUGGAAAAACUGCUAGAAAAUCAGGGUAGAGUAAAAGAAAGAGAAAAAAGUAACAUUCAGUCUUCAUCUUCAGCUGAAAUUCCGGAUAAUUUUGGAGGUAGGUCUGAAGAUUCAAGGGAUUUUUAUAAUAGUUCUAGAAUUCAGGCAAGUAGUAGCAAAAUUGAAAAGCCAUUUAAACCAGACAGAUACUUUUCCAGUAGACGAGAUUUCUCUGGCUCAUUCAGUAGAAAUUCAGAUGAAAAAAUAAAAAAUUUUAAUAGAAAAUUUGAAAAGGGAGUAGAGGGAAGAAAAGAACAUUAUAGAAAGUGGGAGCCAGGUUCAAUGAGAUAUUCUACUUCUCCAGCAGGAUUGGACUGUUCAUGGAAGUCCGUUGAAAAAAGCAAAAAAUAUGCAAAUACUGGAUUACAUGAUUUUAAUAGAAAUGAUGAAGAGCAAAGAUCUCAAUUAAAUACAAAUCAAAAGAAAGAAUCUGAAAAUAGGGAAGAAAAUUAUGGGGAUGAGAUAGAGGAUCUUGAAGAAGAUGCAUUAAAUGGUAAAGAGCAAUCAGAAAGCAAUGUUAAGAAAAAUCUGCCUCAAAAUUUGCUCACUAUAUUUAAUCAGAUUGCUGAAUUUGAAAAAGAAAAAGGAAAUAAGCAGAAAAACUGAGUAGGUGCCAAAGAAAUAGGCUCAUGGUACUAAAAGGCCAUUAAGGUGUUUUUAUCUCCACUGUCCUUUGGACAUUUAUGCAGACUUGAGAGAACAAACACUUGCAUUUUUCUGUUUAAAUUGUACUGACUUCUCUGUAGCACCCUUUUCCUAGCCAGGUUAUUGAUCAUAAGCAGGAUUUUCAUCUGUAAUAGAUGUACAAACAUCAUUUUUAAAAAAAGAACAAGGGGAUUCAGUUAAAUUUGUUUACUUGAGGAUGUUCCCGUAUGAUCAGAAUUAUCUUUUUGUAUGACAUUUUAUCACAUUUCUUUGCUAACCUUCUAACAGAAGUAGCCUUUUGGUUAGGUUGAGAGAAAAUUAGAUUUGCACUUUAAAGAUUCAGGCCAUGUUUACUAAAACUGAUGAUUCCAUUGUCAUUUUUCAAUUGUUAAAUGGAAUUGAGCCUUGAGCUUCUGAAAGGGUUUACAGAAUGGAAUGUUCUGGAUGUGCCAUUUUGUAUCUGUAAAGCAUUGUUUUAAAUAUUAAAUUUUAUUAAAAACACAAAUAACUUCA